CUUCUCGCGAGAGGCGCGAGGUGCGAAGCCGGCGGCGCCGGAGAAGCCGGGAGCGAGCCCUGGGAGGCAGUCCUACUCUCCUCUGGCCCGUAGGUUUUAGGUCCAUCAGCACGGCAGGAAUGGCAGAUUAUGGGAUCUCAGCUGGCCAGUUUGUGGCCGUGGUCUGGGAUAAGUCAUCCCCCGUGGAGGCUCUGAAAGAUCUGGUGGAUAAGCUUCAAACGUUAACCGGCAAUGAGGGCCAAGUGUCUGUGGAAAACAUCAACCAGCUGUUGCAAUCUGCCCACAAAGAAUCUAGCUUUGACAUUAUUUUGUCGGGUGUAAUUCCUGGAAGUACCACUCUGCACAGCUCUGAGAUUUUGGCUGAGAUGGCCCGGAUCCUGCGGCCUGGCGGAAGUCUUUUUCUGAGAGAGCCAGUAGAGACAGCUGUAGUUAACAAUAGCAAAGUGAGGACUACCUCUAAGCUGUGUUCGGCCCUGACUCUUUCCGGCCUCGUGGAAGUGAAAGAGCUGCAGCGGGAGUCCUUGAGCCCCGAAGAGAUACAGUCUGUCCAAGAACACCUGGAUUACCAAAGCGACAGCUUGCUCUCUGUGAGCAUCACAGGCAAAAAACCCAACUUUGAAGUGGGUUCUUCUAGUCAAUUGAAGCUUUCUCUUGCCAAGAAGACUUCUCCUCCAGUGAAGCCCGCCGUGGACCCUGCUGCGGCCAAGCUCUGGACCCUGUCAGCCAACGACAUGGAGGAUGAGAGCGUGGAUCUCAUUGACUCAGACGAGCUGCUGGAUCCAGAGGAUUUUAAGAAGCCAGAUCCAGCUUCCCUGCGGGCUCCUUCAUGUGGGGAAGGGAAAAAGAGGAAAGCCUGCAAGAAUUGCACCUGUGGCCUCGCGGAAGAACUGGAAAAAGAGAAGUCAAGGGAACAGACGAGCUCCCAGCCCAAGUCGGCUUGUGGAAAUUGCUACCUGGGCGACGCUUUCCGCUGCGCCAGCUGCCCCUACCUCGGGAUGCCGGCCUUCAGACCCGGGGAGCAGGUGCUCCUGAGCAGCAACAACCUCAGUGACGCCUAGGAGGGACCCGACCCGGUGCACACCCGCUCCUCUGGCCAACUCCCGACCCUCCAGGCCCACCGCUGUGGUUCCUCCCACCUCCUCUGCAUUUGCUCGCUCUCUCAUUUGCUUGCUCUUUGCAAGGAGCGUGCUUGGUAAACAGAGAGGAGCGGGCUCUGGGGUGCAGUGGUGUGCGGUGCAGCUAUGUAUCAAAAGGCCUGAGUGUCACGGGGCCUGGUUACUCCGAGUGGGGGGACCUGUUUCUGCACUUCAUGUUAGGGCACGCAUCCUGAAGAGGCCACUCCCCCGACGUCAAUGCUGACCUGUCAUUUGGAGCCCAGACACCCGGGAGUGUUAACGCUCUGGGACAAAGAGGGCCCCCGCCCCACUUCCAAGCUCAGCAGUAGUGCCACUAGCGGUCUUCCAGAGGUGGCGGUCUCCUCA